AUGGUCUUAGAGACUCUGCCCUUUCCAUCUUGGGCUCUUACCUUUCUGGAAGGACUCAGCUUGUCUCCCUCAGUGGUGCUGACUCCCGGACACUUCCGGUAACUUUUGGUGUUCCUCAGGGAUCGGUGCUGGGGCCUACACUGUUCCUUGUCAUGAUAAAUGACCUCGACGACCACGGUUCCUCUCUGAUGUUCGCGGAUUAUGCAUCUCUACUGUCAUUGGGUGCUGAGCUUGAGUGGGUUUUGGAGGCAUCUGUGGAGCAUCUUCAGUCUGCCACUUCAUGGUUCCUGGCUAAUCGAUUCCAGCUGAAUGAGGACAAGACCCAAAGGAUCAUCUGCAGAUUGUCACGUGAGCCGUGUGACCCUCAGAAUCCAGUGAAGCUGCUGGGUUUUGUCUUGGACAGCAAACUCAGCUGGAACAGUCAUAUACAGCAAGUAACCAGUCGACUCUCCCGCAUUUGCUUUCUGCUGCUCAAGAUGAGGGGCCUGGUGACUGAGAAGUACCUGAUAAUGAUGUAUCAUGCGCUCUUCCAUUGCCACAUUACCUAUGGCUUGCUUCUGUGGGGUCAUUCAGCAGGGGCUGCUGAUGUGCUGAGACUGCAAAAGAGGGCUAUAAGAAUUAUAACAGGCAGCGAUCAUCUUGCCCUCUGCAAGCCCAUCUUUGCUUGCCUUGGUGUACUGACUGUCUUCAGCCAUUACAUCCUCCUGUGCUUGGUGUAUGUCAAGAAGAUACAGCAUACUCUAGUUGCCCGUAGUGACAUCCACCGCAACAACACCAGGCGCAGUGAGCUGUUGGAUUUCCCCAGGAGAUGCCUCCACCGAUCACAGGCCAGUUACAGGAUUUCAGCCCUGAAAUUCUACAACAAGCUGCCUAAUAGUGUGAAGCAAUUGGAUGAGGCCACCUUCAGGAGAACCGUCUGGAAGCUACUGUGUGCAAAGGCAUACUACAGUGUGAACGAAUUUAUGAGUGAUAAUUUGAAUUUUUAUUGAGAGCAUGAGCACUGGAUCACUGCCAUCUGAACUGUUACAGUUUUUUUUCUCAUGUGUUUGUACAUGUUUUGAUUUUUUGACGCCAUCGAUCCCACAAUAAUUGUGGGUAAUGGAUGAAGCUGAAGGUAUUAAGGUAUUAAGCAAUAAAAUUGUUAUCUUCUGCCUACUGCACCGACAUGUAAAUAGUUUCAAAUUUGAAAUUUAAGACACAGUAACAGGUUCUACUUUUAUCCUUUUUGUUGUUUAUCUUAUUAUUCAUCAUAUUAUAUCUAUUAUACCUUUGGCCUAACUUAUUUGGUUCUACUUUUACUUUUAGUUUAACUUACUCUUCUGUUCAACCAUAUUUCUCAUCAAUUUGAUCGUACAAAACUGAAAAAUUCAGUAUCUCUUCAAUAAGUUUUUCACUGUAAACGAAGUCGCACUGUACCCAUCAAAAAGUAAACUGAACUAGUCUGUGACAGUGCAGGCACCGCUCAGGAAACAAUCAUGGUGACUGACAGUGCUGACGCAGUAUGGUAGUAUAUAUGUCACUAAACGUUUGAAAGCCUAUGUUUUCUCACUCGCCGUAGUACGUCCGACACUCGGUUGUACUGUGGCGCGGGCUCGGUGCAGUUGUGUGUGUCCAGGCCAUAAUUAUUUGCACUUCUCUAAUAACUCCUCUAUAUUUCUAUCAAGUUCAUCACUUAUCAACAGUGCUGUAUUUCCACUCAAAAUGAAACCUGAUUUUUUGUUGCUGGAUCAGCCACAAAAAUUAGAAUCUAAUAUCAUAUUUUUGUUAUAUUGUAGGUGAGUCGAGAAAUAUAUGAGAGGAAAGCACUGGAAUAGCAAUGAAAAUAAUAAUGAGAUAUUUUCUUAUAGACAGUGGUCUAUUGUGCGGUCCACGUUAUAAUGACAGUAUUUGAUCAACUUUGGUUUUGCUAUCCUAGUUUAUCAUUCGACAAAGCCAGUGGUACUAUCCUUUUCUAUGUCCACAACGAUGCCAAUCAUGUUUUUGACAGUUUAGAAAUAUAAUUAAUUAAUGCAGAGAAUCGGUAUCGCUAUUCUUCUAUCUUUAUCCACUGCCAUUAUAACGUGGACCGCACUAUAGUGUGUAGGGACUACAUAGUAUAGGGGCUACAAAAUUGUUGAUCAAGUUAAAACUAAGCCUAUAAAGUUGGUUUAAAUAGUGCUUUAUCGGAGCCAAAAUUUAAUCAAUCUAGCUUGUUAUCAGAAUAAUAAUGAGUAGAAUAAUAACAAUUUGAUGAUAAGUAUUUCAGCACUGGGCCUAGACUUUGGCCAUAUUUUCAUACAAUCUACAAAAUCUCAAGUAAUUUUUUACAAACAAUAUUUCUACAAAAUCUCAAGUUCAGCAGUUGAUUAAUAUCUGAAUUUCUGUUUUAUAAAUUAUUUAAAUACUGGGUAACAGUAUUAAAAAAACACCUUGUAGUCAAUGGAUUUUUGCAAUAAUUCUUAGUGGAUACCACUUUUAAAUCCUACAAUUUGUAUUCUCAUUUUAUAUCAUAGAAAAGCUAUUCACCUACUGUUAUACCAACCCUUCUACAAUACAGUCUGCUAGUAAUCUAAAAUUAUCCCCCCUCAUCAACCACUGUGAAUAAUAAUAAUCCUGCUAUUGAUUGUGAAUGUGUAUGUGUUGCAGAUGGCGACUGUUACUAUUAAAAAGGAGGAGGAGGAGGAGGAGGAGGAUGAUAGCAGCCAGCAACCAGCUGCAGUGGAAGAUGAUAACAGCCAACAACAUUAUCUAAUCCCUGGCUACAACAUGAUCUUCAUCAAAGAGGAUGCAUAUGAUGAGCAAGAGGCUGAAGGAAGUUCAAUGAACAGUGAACCAGAGAUGUGGCCUUCAAACUGCAGCACAUCUGGCCGAGACGAUGGAACAGAAGUGGGUGGACUGAAUGAGCAUCCAAUCUCUCCAGUGGAAAAAUGCACUGAGUCAUCUGUGGUUGGCACAAAUACAAAGCUCUAUAGCUGUGAUCACUGUAGCUAUGAAACACCACAGUCUCAUUUCAAGAGACAUAUUAGAAAACACACUGGAGAAAAAACUUUCAGCUGCGAUUUUUGUGACUUCAGAAGUGCUUAUUCUCGUCAUUUGAAAGAACAUAUCACAACACAUACUGGAGAAAAGCCUUUCAGCUGCGAGUUUUGUGACUACAAAAGUGCCAGGUUAGGUAAUUUGAAUACACACAUC